AUGCCUGACUCUUUCUUUGCUUCAAACAAAAACAGGAAACGGACACGUUCGACAGCCGGACAUGACUCGGAAAGUGCAAGGAAAGUGUUGAAGAAAAGGGCAAAAGGAGCCAAUGGUACCGCACGAGAGACCAGCGCUAGCACGAAGGUGAAUGGUGCGCAGAAGGGGAAGAAGAAGAGGCUGGACGAGGAGCUGGAUUCAGAUAAAACCGACGAGGAUGACGGAGGAAUCGAUGACCUGGAUCUACGAGCCGAUAUCGAACCUGAGGGAAGCGGAGACGAGGAUGAGGAAGAGACACCAGCUGAGAAGCGACUACGGCUGGCGAAGCUUUACCUCGAAAGCGUGAAAGAAGGAUUUGCGGAUGGAGAGUUCGAUGCCGCUGAGAUUGACAAGGAACUUAUAUCUGCAAGAUUAAAGCAAGAUGUCCUCGAACACUCGGGCAAAGUUCAUCUGUUUAUUGCAGACUCAUUUGAUUUUUCAAAACCUCCUAGCACCGUCUUGCGUUGUCGCGGUCAUCGUCUAAGCGUAACUUCUGCGGUUGCAUCGGACGAUGCCAAUUGGUUGUUCACGGCCGGAAAGGAGGGAAGCAUCAUAAAAUGGAAUUUGUUAUCGGGCAGAAAAGUAGCCACAUUUCACAAACAACGGAUAGAGAAGGGAAAAGGAAAAGAGAGAGCUCAUAACAACGACAUCCAAGGCCAUACAGACGAGGUGUUAGCGUUGGCCGUGAGCAAUGAUGGAAAAUACCUUGCCAGUGGAGGUAGAGACAAAAAGAUCGGUGUGUGGGAUGUAGGAAAGGAAGAAUGGGUGAGAGGUUUCGGAGGACACAAAGACUGGAUAUCUGCCCUCGCUUUUCGCAAAGGCACGUUACAACUUUACAGCGGGUCUUUUGAUCGGACCAUGAAACUGUUUGAUCUUUCCGUGAUGGGUUAUGUUGAGACCCUUUUUGGACACCAAGACACCAUCGUAUCACUAGAUGCCCUUCGGAGUGAAUCUGCUGUUACAGGGGGCGCUAGGGACAAAACUGUCAGGUUUUGGAAAAUUGCUGAUGAGAGCCAGCUGGUGUUUAGGGGUGGUGGUAAGAGUGCCGUCAGAGAACUUCUUGAAGGUGGCGCAUUUGAAGGUCAUGCGGAGGAAGAUGAAGAUGCUAUGGAUGUUGAUGACCGAAAAAAGGGGAAAGACAAGGGUCGUGGAAAGCAAAAGCGGUUUGUGGAGGGCAGUAUCGAAUGCGUGGCUAUGAUAGACGAGACCACCUUUAUUAGCGGUGGAGACACCGGGUAA